CAGUGUGUUGGGGACCUAUAUAAAAGGCGUGGGCUCGAAGGGAGGCUGCACAACUCGGGGGAGAGAAGUCAGCUGCGGUCCAGUGCCUACAAAGACUACCAUGGCCAAGGAGUGGGGUUACGCCAGCCACAACGGUCCUGACCACUGGCAUGAACUUUAUCCCAUUGCCAAGGGAGACAACCAGUCGCCCAUCGAACUGCAUACUAAAGACAUCAAGCACGACCCUUCUCUGCAGCCGUGGUCAGCGUCUUACGAUCCUGGCUCUUGCAAGAGCAUCUUGAACAAUGGGAAGACCUGCAGGGUUGUGUUUGAUGAUACUUUCGAUAGGUCAAUGCUGAGGGGCGGUCCUCUCACUGGACCCUACCGGCUUCGCCAGUUCCAUCUUCACUGGGGCUCCUCUGAUGACCAUGGCUCUGAACACACCGUGGAUGGAGUCAAGUAUGCGGCAGAGCUUCAUUUGGUUCACUGGAAUCCAAAGUAUAACACCUUCGGAGAAGCUCUGAAGCAACCUGAUGGGAUAGCUGUGGUUGGCAUUUUUCUGAAGAUAGGACGCGAGAAAGGCGAGUUUCAGCUGGUCCUUGAUGCACUGGACAAAGUUAAGACAAAGGGCAAGGAGGCACCCUUCACACAUUUUGACCCAUCCUGCCUGUUCCCCGCCUGCCGGGACUACUGGACCUACCACGGCUCCUUCACCACGCCGCCCUGUGAGGAGUGCAUUGUGUGGCUCCUGCUGAAGGAGCCCAUCACCGUGAGCUCUGACCAGAUGGCAAAGCUGCGGAGCCUCUUCUCCAGUGCUGAGAACGAGCCCCCAGUGCCCCUAGUGGGGAACUGGCGCCCUCCACAGCCGAUCAAGGGCAGGGUGGUGAGAGCCUCCUUCAAAUGAGGCUGCCGGAGCUUGCCCUCUUCAGGAAAGGAAACCUGCCAUUGGAGAGCUUGGCUCCUUGUCUCCUCUUGGUGCUCCUUCCUCCAAGUAAAUUUCAGCUUUCCACACCACGCAAUGAGUGCCAGAGUGUAAUAACCGAGAAACCAAAGUUACUUUUGACAAGACAUAAUAUGAAAACUUUUGGCCUUUGUAAUAAUCACCUUUCCUACAAAAGAAGCAUUGUUAGUGAGGUUUCAGAGAAGAAACAGGUGGGAGAGUAAAGAUAUAGAAAAAUGGGUAUUGGGCACCAUUUUUUUGUCUUCUUAAAUUUCACAGAACUUCAGUUUGACUAUUUUCGUAUUCUGAGUUGUGUCUCUUAAAGAAAUAACAAAAACUUCUGUAUGUAGGAGUGGAUGUGUAUGAAGAUCAUAGAGCAAUUAAACAUAAGCCAGAAGUAAAAAUGACUAUGCACACCAAGCAAAGAAAUGAUGCAUUUUAACCCUUAAAUAAAACCAACAAGCGGUCCGUUAUUUAUUACAACUCUAGGUACUGUAGGGAUGAUCUUUUUUGAUUAUCAAUGAAAGGAAAACCCAUUCAACUCGAGGAGUUUAAAACAUUUGAUCCGGUGUCUGAAUUUCUUCUUCAUAAGGAUGGCUGACUUUAUCCUAACAUUUUUCUUUCCCUGAAGGAGGGCCAUUUAUUUUCAAUUUUACUACUUUUCUCUUUGCAUGCUUAUUAAUAUAAAAAUCGCCUCUGAUAUCUUUCUAAUUUGAGGGUGGGAUAAUAAUUCCUGGGAUACGAAGGAGUGAGUGACUACACUUGACGUGAAAGCAGUUGCACCAAUCAUCAAAACUAAUAAAGACGUGAGUGAAAAAA